CACCAAUGAAUAAAUUUAGAGCCUUUUUCUCCUUCAACUGCAAUUCUCCCCCUCUCUCUCUCUCUCUCUCUCUCUCUCUCUCCGCAUCAAAGAACAGACCACAAACACAACGUUUGACUUAACUUUUAGAUCUUAAUUGUCUCUGUAAGUUUUCACCCUUUCUCUUUUAAUUUUCUUUUCCUUGAUUCAAGAUCUCCAAGUUUUGUUCUUUUUGUGUUUGUAUAUUUAUAUGCUCUUUAUGUAAUGGAUAGCAAUUACACUGCUAUACCCAAGAAUUCAAAUGUUGAAUUACAGUUGCAUCACCAUGAUGAUGGUCCUGAGAUCCCAAUUCAUCCAAGGAGAGCCCAUGUCGCAUUUGAUGAUGGGGACAGUUUUAGAGAUCCCAAGAUUCAAUCUUUUAAAAUUUUGGAUGAUGAUGUUGGUGGUGAUGAUGAUUUUGAUAUUGAUAAUUAUCCUUUGGUUGUUUCGAAACAACCAAGUAAUAAGGGGUCUGGGAUUUAUGGUGCUGUUUUUAAUUUAACUACUUCUAUUAUUGGUGCUGGGAUUAUGGCUUUACCAGCUACAAUGAAGGUUCUUGGAUUGAUUUUGGGGGUUUUGUUGAUAGUUUUGAUGGGUAUUUUGUCUGAAGUGAGUGUUGAAAUGUUAGUUAGGUUUUCCGUACUUUGUAAGGCUUCUUCAUAUGGUGAAGUUGUUCAAUGUGCUUUAGGGAAAACUGCUAAGGUUUUAUCUGAGAUUUGCAUAAUCGUGAACAAUGCUGGUGUUAUGGUUGUGUAUUUAAUUAUUAUUGGUGAUGUUAUGUCAGGAUCGCUUCAUCAUAUGGGGGUUUUUGAUCAAUGGUUAGGUCAUGGGAUGUGGGAUCAUAGGAAGUUGGUGAUUUUGAUCGUGGUGGUUGUUUUUCUUGCACCCCUUUGUGCAUUGGAUAAGAUUGAUUCUCUGAGCUUGACUUCAGCUGCUUCGGUGGCUUUAGCUAUCGUCUUUGUUGUGGUAUGCUUUAUCGUUGCUUUUAUUAAGCUCGUUGAAGGGAAAAUUCAGGUUCCAAGGAUGACUCCAGAUUUUGGUUCGAAGAAUGCUAUCUUAGAUUUGCUUGUGGUGAUUCCAAUCAUGACAAAUGCUUAUGUUUGCCACUUUAAUGUUCAACCUAUAUAUAAUGAGCUUGAAGGGAGGUCACCUCAGAAGAUGAAUCAGGUGGGCAGAAUUACAACUGUUCUUUGCGUUGGAGUUUAUGCUGCAACUGCUGUAUCAGGUUAUUUACUCUUUGGGAAGGAUACUGAAGCUGAUAUCCUGACUAAUUUUGACGCAGACCUUGGAAUUCCAUUCAGCUCUGCCCUGGAUUAUAUUGUCAGGGUUGGAUAUAUUUUUCAUUUGGUUCUUGUUUUUCCUGUUAUUCAUUUCUCUUUAAGGCAAACAGUAGAUGCCAUGGUGUUUGAGGGAUCAGCUCCACUUUCAGAGAGUAGGAAGAGAUCUUUGGCCUUGACCACAGUGCUAUUGGGGCUCAUAUAUUUUGGCUCUACCAUGAUUCCCAACAUUUGGACAGCUUUCAAGUUUACGGGGGCAACUACGGCAGUGUCAUUAGGCUUUAUAUUUCCACCUCUUGUUGCAUUGAAAUUGAGUUAUCGAGGGGAGGGUUUGAGUCAUAAAGAGAAGUUGUUAUCAUGGUCAAUGUUAAUUAUGGCAGCAGUAGUUAGCAUCGUUGGAGUGAUUGGAAAUAUUUAUAGCCUCGAAAGCCAAUCCAAAUGAUUUUCUUUUUAGUUAUUUGGUGGUAGUUACUACUAGGAAAGUUUUGGCAAUUUUCCAGAGUCAAGGCGGAUCAUACUGUCGCAAUUUCAUGUUUCUCUGGUACCUAUUCAUUUCAAAUAACCGAAUCAUAUCAGGAAAUAUUCUACUCCCUUGGCAAAAUGCUGCUUCAUGCAUUUUGUGAUAGGAGUUCAGACAAAGGCUUCAAAAAGAUCUGAGGGGUGUGGGUGAUGUUUCAGAAACAAUGAAUUGUCAGAGGAAAUGUGAUUGGCUGGUUCAGCAUCUGAAGCACGAUUAUGGAGAUACGUUUAGGGUCACCUACCUCAUGUAAGUCCAUUGAAAAAAAAAUUAUAAUUGAUGAUUCGGUUCCUACACAGUUUUUUUCUUUUUCCUUUUCUUUUGUAUAUUUCAACAGCAAAAAUGCUGCUAAAAUGAAUUCUUUUACCAGGAACUUUGUAGCCAUAACUCAUAAUGAAGGCAUUACAAAUUACUAUUUUUGAUUCACAA